AUGAAGUACAUAGACAAAUGCUCAAGUAUCGCCCAUGAUAUAUCUGAUAACUUUACGAGUAGCGGAAUUAACAGUCUAAUAUUUCUUGGCUUCUUUAACUCUGUGUUAGCUGUACCAACAGCUGCUGCUAAUGCUCUGGUUAUCGUGGCCAUUCUGACGACGUCUUCUUUACGAACACCGUCGUAUCUUUUACUGACAAGUCUCGCCUUCAGUGAUCUUGUAAUAGGAAUUCUUGGUCAAUCACUUUUAGCCAUGAUGAUAUUUUCAUUUUUCAGUAAACAUGCUGAGCUAUGUUGUUACGUUUUGAUGACAUGUUAUGUCAUUUUAAGUUGGACAUCAUGGUCUUCGCUCUUCACCAUAACAGCCAUCAGUGUAGACAGGUACUUGGCCGUACGACUCAAGAUGCGGUACAAGACUUUUGUCACUGUAACAAGAAUAAGACGUAUUAUUCCUAUAAUAUGGAUUUCUUCAUUCACUGCAAUGGCUUCGAUAUUUGUUCUUUAUAAAGAUAUGGUCACUUUUGGUGUAAUUGGUGGUACGUCACAAACAUGCUGCUUGGCUUUAAUUCUGUUUUGCUACACGAUGUCGUUCAGAGCCCUUAAGAUCCACUGUGCUCAGACCCAUCCACAGGGUAACCAACAACCCAACAGUGCAACACAGUCCAAUGCCAUCGAUGUUCUCAAGUACAGAAAGCUCUUAAAGACAAUGAUAAUAAUAGUAAUCUUAAUUUGUGUUUGUUAUUUGCCUCUGAUAGGUAUUUUUGUUACAGUUACAGCACCAGGGUCGUACAAAUCAAAACCCUUUCGUGACUUCAUGAUUUCAUCGGGUUUGUCGACCCUUGCGGGUUUAGUAACCACCAUGACUCUAAACUCUACACUGAGUCCAAUCAUUUACAUGACUAGAAUGAGGGAUGUAAGAAAUGCUUCUGCUGAGCUACUAAGAAACAUUUGCAGUAGCCGUUGA